CUCGUUUAAAUAAUCGAACUCUUGGCUGUUACAUCGUCGAGACGGCGCAUCAACGUGGCAGCAGCAGCAGCAGUUGUUGAAAAUACAACGUCGUCACUGCACGCGGUCUAAGCAUCCUAUUUGUAACAAGAUAUCGAUCGCGAUUCGCAUAUACAUCUCACCGAGAGUAGCUCUUUUCGCAUUGUAAACGAACGAAUUAUAUUGUAUACAUAUCAUACGUACCGGAAUUCAAUGGAAAAGAAUCGAUAGACGACACGACAGGAGCCCCCGGAGUUUGCAUUAAUAAAAAAACGACAUCGUCGUCGUCGGACGUGCGCGGCGCACUCCCCGUUCUACUAUACACAUAUAUAUUUAGGGCAGCAGCAGCAGCAGUCGUCGUGAGCUGUGUGUAAGCUAAUAUAUACGCAGUGCAUGGAAAUCAGCUGAGUUUGGAGCAGCAGCAACGCGCGUCGCUGACAACGGACACUACAUACAACACUCGAGCCUCUGUAUUAUAGGCGCGCAGCGCAGCGAUCAUCGCAGCAGCAGCAAAGAUCUAAAAAUCAUCGGCUCUUUCUUGAAGACAUCGAAAAGUGAAUCGUCAUAAUUUUUCCGCGCACUCGGCGAAGAGGACUUUUUCUAUAGUGCUGCGUGGGUGUGUGUUGUCGCAGCACUAACUGACACUGCUCUCUGCGUGGCUGACUGACGCGCGCGCGCGCGGGUUAUAAUCGAGUUUUUAGUGUUCAGUUCACAGUGCGUUUCCGAGCCCGCAGCACGUGAAAGUGUUUGUUUCUCUCGAUUUUCUCAUUCCAUAUAAACCGCACCUCGCCAAGGAGCAUCCCGAUACAAACGUCGAAUCGCUUGGAUCGUCCGUUGAAUAAAGUACACACGCGAGAAAAAAAGACACCGUGCACCAUCAUGGAUACCGACUUGGAGUCCUGUCUCAAAGAUUGGAACGAGCUCAACGACGAGUUCAAGGAUCUCGAGGCCAAAAAUAAAAAGUACCUGAGCAAACUUGACGAAGUUAGCGAACUGCAGAAAGAAUGUCUGAAAGGAAUUUCGCAUCAAAAGUACAGGAUGGCAGCUAUCAAAAAAUCAUUGAAAAAACUGCAAGCCAGCAACGAGAUAGAAGAUUUGGACAAAGAUAUGCAACGACGAGAACAUCAAAUAGGAGAAAUGGAACAAACGCUGCCUAAAGGAAAUGGAACGUAUUUGUCCAUUAUAUUGGGUAGUGUAAACGUAUCUAUAUUAAACAAAGAAGACAAAUUUAGGUACAAAGACGAAUAUGAAAAAUUCAAAUUGGUGUUGUCUGUGAUUGGAUUUGUCUUGUCAGUGAUAAAUUUACUUACAAAUUACAGAACAUUGGAGCUGAGCUUCAUGUUUUUAUUAGUAUGGUACUACUGUACAUUAACGAUACGAGAAAGUAUAUUAAAAGUUAAUGGUUCAAGAAUAAAAGGAUGGUGGAGAUUUCAUCAUUUCUUAUCCUGUGCCGUCGCAGGUUUACUUUUAGUUUGGCCAAAUACUGGUGCAUGGUAUGAUUUUAGGGGACAAUUCAUGUGGUUUAAUGUUUAUAUAAGUUUUGUACAAUAUUUACAAUUUCGCUACCAAAGCGGGGUGCUAUAUCGUUUGAAAGCAUUGGGAGAACGUCACAACAUGGAUAUAACUAUUGAAGGAUUUCAUUCCUGGAUGUGGAGGGGUUUAUCAUUUUUGCUACCCUUCCUUUUCAUUGGCUAUUUUUUCCAACUCUAUAAUGCUUAUUCACUCUACAAACUCACAUGGCAUUCAGAAGCCACUUGGCAUGUACCAGUGCUCGCUGCAAUGUUCUUAAUAUUGUUUUUGGGUAAUGUUAUAACAACUGUACUGGUCAUUCCACAAAAGUAUAGUUCUAAAGUAGACUGGAGUAAUUCAGGCUUAAACUUAAGACAUGGGCCUAGAAAAAAUGAUGAUAAAACUCUUGACAAAGCAAAAGAAAGCAAUACUAAAGAAGUAAAACACGAAUAAAAAAUCUAUGUUGUGUAAAUAUCAAAUAUUAACUGGUGCUUCAAUCUUUACAAUUCAUCAAUAUAUUUUUCAAUGUAGAGUAAUUGUUUAGAUUUAUUUUAGAAAUUAUUAACAAUUUAAUGUAAAAAAUUUAACUGGUAAAAUAGUAAUCUCUUAUUGAUUAAGAGAUAGGUAGAAAAAUAUUUAGUUAUUAUAAUAAUUUAGAUAAUUAGUAAUUUUUACCUAGGUGAAAGACCAAGUUAAGAAUUCUAAAAUCAUAAAAUUGUAAGGAAUGAAGUGCCAACAAAUAAGUGAGCAUGCCUCUGAAAACCCCAUAUGACAUAAAUUUUCAGUAAGUAGGUAUUAAGGUUUUCACUUUCUGCUUGAUUUUCAAAGGAAUUAUUAAAAUUCGUUAUUAUUUUUGUGAGGAAACAAAACAAAAUUUGUACAUACAUCACAAUCAAAUUUAAUAAAUUUAUAGAGACUUGCAAAUCACAAAAAUAUAUUUUUGAAAAAUCGUUUGUAAACUCUACUAAAAUAGCCUAAAAAAUAGUGUGUUGAAAUUAUUAUUACAAGUUCAUAAUAGUUCCUUUGUAAAACAAAUGUAAUACUAUACUAGAACUUAAUCAAAUUAUAGGAAUUUCAAAUCAUUUAGAUUGUACUGACGUUAGCUCAUAUUAUUUUGAAGAAAAUGUUUGUUCUAUGCCCAUCUAGUCUGAAUUCUAGUUUUAUAAUUACAUACAUACAGGGUGGGGAAUAAAUAUGGAAACCCCUGGAAAUUUCGCAGAAUAAGUUG